CCUCUCUCUUUUUCCUCUGUCAUGUCUGAUGCGGCACACAGACGCACAGCAGCUUGGAGUCUCGCGCCGUCCACGCUUCUCACCUUGAGUCGUCAUCACCUGCACGUGCGUCCGGGUGGGAGGUUCCCCUUAACCCCCAUUCGCGUGAAACACCUCCUUGAAUCGUAACGUUAUCAUAAACAGCCCAACUUCGGGGGGCCCAUAAUCGCAUCUCUCGGGUUUUGCCGAGGCUUCUCAUUGGACGUCAACACGCGACCAGCGCGAGGAGGGGGGCUUCCAGACGCGUGCCGCUUUUUAAACCGACGCGGCGCCUUGAGACAUCAGAGAAGGAGUCCCGCACGCGACAGUCAUAUUCACACGGUGCGACAACGCCUCAGUGCGAGUCUCCAAAUACUUUUCCCCCCUCUCAUUUCAUUAGGAGUUAGUUUUUUUGGGGGAAACAUGGAUAUCAUCACAGUGGAAGACUGGAGCGAGAGCGCGCGGGAAGCGGCUUCCCUGGACUCGCCGCAGCAGGGCUGCAGCGGACCCAAAGUGAUGGAGAGGGGUGGGAAGGAGCAGUUUGAGAGUUCCUGCUACGAAGCUGGACUCACGCUCGUGGACAGCGGCGGUGACCCACGCGCCUGGCUGGCUCCGGCUCCCGGCACCUGCGCGGCACACGCCUCUUCACCCGACUACCUGCGGCACUCGCCCUGCCCCAGCACCGGCUCCUACCACGAGAGCGGCUCCCCGGGGUCCUCGGGCCACCCUAGUCCCCCCAGCUUCAGAAAAUCUGCCAAGAGCCCCUCCUCUUCCUCGCUCAAAGUCAGAGACCUGUGCCGCCUGAAAGGCACGCUCCCCGGGCCCGAAGAGGAGGCGUCCAUGAGACAGAGAGCCCCGUCCAGCAAACCGGCCAACGGCAUCCAGAGGCAGAGGCGGGUGGCCGCCAACGCUCGCGAGAGGAGGCGCAUGCACGGCCUGAACCACGCGUUCGACGAGCUGCGCAGCGUCAUCCCAGCGUUCGACAACGACAAGAAGCUCUCCAAGUACGAGACUCUGCAGAUGGCGCAGAUCUACAUCAACGCCCUGGCCGAGCUGCUGCAGGGUCCUGCCUCCGCCUCCAGCAGCAGCAGCACCGACAUCUCCGACUCCAGCGCCGCCUCGCCAAAGUGUGACCUUAUGCUCUCGCCCUCGGUGGGCUUCGAGGAGGCGCAGGACAUCGCGUCCCUCUCCGGGACCACCUGUCGGACAGCGGCGGCCGGGCCCGCGUCCGGCGGCGGCUUGGUGCACAUCAGCGGCAUGCCCUUCCGGCCCUCCUUCGAAGAAAGUUCUUUCUCCGCCCGGGUGGAAGACACGAUGCGCUCGCCCUCACCGCCGUCCUCCUCCCGGGCAGGGGGCUCGCAGUUCGGAGGUGGGAGGAAGGAGUCCCCCCGGAGCGACGGGGAGUUUUCCCCCCACUCCCACUUCAGUGAUUCGGAUGAAAUAGCGAUGGAGCUUCAGUCAAGCGAAGAAGACGACCUGUCAGAACUGCAGCUCCCCUCGCACCAUCCGCACGCUGUGGCUUUCUAAAUUAUUCUAAUUAUAGCCUGACACGAAGCCUCCAACAAUGUAAAGUUUGUAAAAUGUGUCAAUCAUA